AUGCGUGUGGUCCUUGUGAGCGGCGGAGUUAUCUCUGGUGUUGGCAAAGGCAUUAUUGCCAGCAGCGCUGGGCUUCUUCUCAAGACCCUGGGUCUCCGCGUUACGGCCAUGAAACUUGAUCCGUAUCUGAACACAGAUGCCGGAUUGCUAAACCCGCUAGAGCAUGGGGAGUGUUUUGUUUUGGCCGAUGGAGGGGAGACGGAUUUGGAUCUCGGAAACUACGAACGUUAUCUCGGCAUUCAGCUUAGUUGUGAGAGCAACAUGACCACUGGCAAAAUCUAUAAGCUGGUCAUUGAGAAAGAGCGACGAGGAGAGUACCUAGGAAAGACCGUCCAGGUUGUCCCCCAUAUCACAGAUGCCAUGCAGGAAUGGAUCGAACGAGUUUCCAAGAUCCCGGUAGAUGACUCAGGAGAAGAGCCGGAUGUCUGCAUCAUUGAGUUGGGUGGCACAGUCGGUGACCUUGAAUCCGGCCCUUUCAUCGAGGCACUGGUACAGCUGAGGCAUAGACUCGGUCGAGACAAUUUCUUCAGCAUCGGCGUGUCAUAUGUUCCGAUCAUCAACGGAGAGGAGAAAACCAAGCCGACACAGCACGCUGUGAGACAAAUGCGUAGUGCCGGUUUGAUCCCUGACGCAAUUGCCUGCCGUUGCGAGCGCUCCCUUGAUGACGCCACAAUUCAGAAGAUUGCUAAAAGCUGUCAAGUCGAGUAUGAGCAAGUCAUCGGCGUACGAGACAUGGAAACCAUUUACCAAGUUCCCCUUCUCCUUGAAGAGCAGGGUUUGCUCAGGCUAUUGCGAAAGGGUUUGGCUCUCGACAAGCCUGCCUUGCCACCCAUGGUCCAAAAGGGCCAGGCCCUGUGGGAUCUGUGGAAGAAGACCGUCGUUCCUGAGAAGCAUCUCUCCCCGGUUGACAUUGUUUUGGUAGGCAAGUACGUCGCUCUCGACGACGCCUAUCUCAGUGUCCGCAAAUCGCUUGAACAUUCGGCCAUGCGAUGCAAACGCAAGUUGAACCUCGUCUCGGUGGAUGCCGAGCAUCUCGAGCACGACAUGCAGCAGAAGGACCCCACCAAAUACCACAACGCCUGGAAGGCCAUUUGCGAAGCCCAAGGCGUCCUAGUUCCCGGCGGUUUUGGGUCGAGAGGAGUGGAAGGCAUGAUCGAAGUCGCCAAGUGGACCCGAGAGCGGAAGGUCCCAUUCCUUGGAAUCUGUUUGGGCAUGCAAGUGGCCGUCAUGGAAUACGCCCGCAACAAGCUGGGACUCAAGCAUGCAACAUCUGAAGAAAUAUCGGCUCACGCAGAGCACCGUGUCGUCAUUUUCAUGCCGGAGGGAUCCAAGGAGCAAAUGGGCGGCACCAUGAGACUCGGCACUCGGACAUCCCACUUUAAGCCGGGUACAGAAUGGAGCAAGCUUCGGGCCAUGUAUGGGGGCGCUGAAGUUGUUGAGGAGCGUCACCGACAUCGCUACGAGGUGAACCCCGAAUACAUCGAGCAGCUCGAGAAGGGCGGGCUUACCUUGACCUCUCUCGACGACAAGGGAGUACGAGUUGAGACCAUUGAGCUGAAAGAUCACCCAUUCUAUGUUGGAGUGCAAGCACAUCCUGAAUUCACCAGCAAGGUGCUAGACCCGUCUCCUGCGUACCUUGGCUUCGUGGCGGCGAGCGCAGGAUGCCUCGAACAGAUGAUCGAGGCAGCGCGCCUGAAGAGAGAAGGGCUGGCGAACGGAACUGGCGACCCGUCGCAUUUCUAG